AUGUUAAUUUUACUCAGUCUGUGCUGCCUGAUUCCGUUGACAUCAUCAAUAUCGUCGUAUCUAGACGAUCUUGAUCCAAUAUGUCUAUUUAAAGUUUGUGUAACUGUUGAAAUGGAGAAUCACUCGGAUGUGCCGUUAAAAAAUCCGCAACUUUAUCUUCGUCACGGCCUUCUUGUGCAUUCCAUUCGAGCAGUGCCACCUCAUUCAAUGCAUUCUUUUAUGAUGCGUAAACUGUUGUGGACUGAAUCGGGUAUCGAUGGAAUUUUCACGUUCGAUGUGGGUAAUCGACAAAUCAUUGUCUACAUCACGGCACCAACCAACUUCGCAAAACAUGUCAAUCAGAUUGGUGUGGCAAUUACCAAAGAAGGCUACUAUAACAGAGCCAAACAGCACUUUGGAUCAUUGAGUAACGCAGAUUUGGGUGGAUCAUUUGAUGUUUGGGCAAUUCAACCGUCGUAUCCUAAUGACUCGAAUCGGCCCUUAGUAAUCCGCCUACCAGAAUUCACAAUCAUCGCACAAAUCGGUAUUCAACACAUCACAUCAGCCGUCAUUAGAAUUUUUCCCACAUAA